GAACCAGCAGCGACCUAUCUUCUGAUCUCCAGCAUUUAGUUUUACUUAUUUUACAGUUGAGGUGACCGGAAGCCAUUAAUGGCCGCUUCGUCCCCAAGCUAAGCCCAUCCCUUUCACUUCCUAAUUCAAACACCUCGCCCAAAUCUCUCAUCAUCAAAACCACACCGAAAGCUUCGCUCUUUCAAUUAAUUCUCCCUUUUAAAAAAAAAAAAUUUAAUCUUGCUUUCAUCUCCCUAAUGAAUUCCAACCACCCCAUCACCUUCCUCAGCUGCAACUGCUGUUCCUCUCAUCCAAAUCGCCAACUUUUGUUCAUACUUGAAAGCGAUUUCGUUUGACAAUUUCGUACACGACAACGAGGAAGCUGUCGGCUAAAUUAUUAUAAAUCUCCCCUUUUUGGUUAGGGUAGAUGGCCGAACCGUCUAAUGGCGGCGAUUCCGAAGUUAUGAGGUACGAUUGAUCGAAUGGCUUCUGCGUUUCGUCUUUUGUAUCGGUGAGAAAUUUUGGUGGGGAAGAAAGAAUGCUUUUUGCGUUUUGUAGAAAACCCUUUCCACAAAAUCUGGUUUUGAUUUGCUUGCUUUUGCGAUUUUCUCGCUUAUUUAUACAUUAAGGUGAAGCCCCCCAUCUUCUUUUGUAUCGGAUCGAGUCGUUCAGUCGGCUUUUAGUGAGAGGAUUAGGGUUUGUUCAUACUCUUCAGCUCCGGCAUAAAUCUUACUGGUAGGAGGAGAACGGAAGAUGGUCAGCAGUGCGCAGGGAGAGCAUGGUUCCUUCCACUCCAACGGAUCGAUUUCAAAUUCCAACGGUACAGAGGAGAGAUUGGAUGAGUUCCGAAGCUUGCUGGGAAAACCUAAUGGUGAUCUCCUGAAGAUAGUGAGCAUUGGUGCCGGUGCAUGGGGCAGUGUUUUUGCCGCCUUGUUGCAGGAUGCUUAUGGCCAAUUUCGUGAUAAAGUUCAGAUUAGGAUAUGGCGGCGGCCGGGGAGAUCCGUGGAUCGAUCGACGGCGGAACAUCUCUUUGAGGUGAUUAACUCUAGAGAGGAUGUGCUCCGGCGUCUGAUUCGGCGCUGUGCUUAUCUGAAAUACGUUGAGGGAAGACUGGGUGAUCGAACUCUGUAUGCUGAUGAGAUUCUAAGGGAUGGAUUUUGCUUGAACAUGAUCGAAACGCCACUUUGUCCUCUCAAAGUUGUGACGAAUUUGCAGGAGGCGGUGUGGGAUGCGGAUAUUGUGAUAAAUGGAUUGCCGUCAACGGAGACGAGAGAGGUUUUUGAGGAGAUUAGUCUGUAUUGGAAGGAGAGGAUUACUGUUCCGAUCAUAAUAUCAUUGGCUAAGGGUGUAGAGGCAGCAUUGGAUCCAAUUCCGCGAAUAAUAACUCCUACACAGAUGAUUCAAUUUGCCACUGGUGUUCCUGUUGAGAACAUUCUUUACCUUGGAGGCCCAAAUAUUGCUUCGGAAAUUUACAAUAAGGAGUAUGCCAAUGCUAGAAUUUGUGGAGCUCAAAAAUGGAGGAAAUCUCUUGCAAAGUUUCUAAGGCAACCUCAUUUUAUUGUGUGGGAUAAUAGCGACCUCGUCACUCACGAAGUUAUGGGUGGCUUGAAAAACGUCUAUGCUAUUGGCGCGGGUAUGGUAGCUUCCCUAACCAAUGAGAGCGCAACUAGCAAAUCAGUAUAUUUCUCACACUGUACAUCUGAGAUGAUAUUUAUAACUCAUCUCUUAGCCGAGGAACCGGAGAAGCUCGCUGGUCCGUUGCUCGCGGAUACAUACGUAACUCUUUUAAAAGGUCGAAAUGCGUGGUACGGCCAGAUGCUUGCGAAGGGGGAUUUGAGUCCGGACAUGGGCGACAGCAUCAAAGGGAAAGGGAUGAUCCAGGGUGUUUCUGCCGUGGGCGCUUUUUAUGCACUUCUGAGUCAACCCAGCUUAAGCGUUUUACAUCCGGAUCAAAACGAGCCGGUCGUUCCUGUCGAGUUAUGCCCCAUCCUUAAGACGCUCUACAAAAUUUUAAUAAAAAGGGAAGUUUCAGUGCAGGCCAUUCUUCAAGCCCUGAGGGAUGAAACAAUGAAUGACCCUCGUGAAAGGAUUGAAAUAGCACAGAGCCAUGCCUUCUACCGCCCAUCUCUGCUCAGCAAAUCUUAACUUCUGUUCCCGCUUCUUCCGCCGUUGCUGCUAAUUCAAAGCCGCAAAACAAAGAAGAAGAAGAAGAAGAAGAAGUGAUCUGAAUCUUCUUCUGGAGCAGUAUCUGCAGGCUCUCUGAUCUCCAUUGUGUGCCAAAAUUUUUGUCUGUUAAUGUAAGUUUAUAUACUUCUUCUGAAAACUGGUUCCAUUUAUUAUUAUGAGUAAUGGUUCUUUCAAGCUCAAGAGUACAAUAAUGGUGGAGUGGAUAGCAUGGUGUUGAUUAUGGCUUUGUAAUUGGUAGUGAAGGGAAUUGUUUUCUUACCAUAAAUUUCAUUUGUCUCUUGAUGUGUAAUCUCUGUUUUUUGUUUUGUUGUUUUUCAGA